CCCGGCCGGCCCCCCGGCCCCCCGCUGCCAUGGACUUCUUCACCCGCUUGACGAACCAGACCCAGGGCAGGGACCGGCUCUUCAGGCUGACGUGCUGGGAUGGCGGCCAACAAGAAUCUGCCCGCGACAGAUGGAAACAGUCCAAACAACGUGCUCCAGAGGGUCUUCCAGCUGCCCGUGGUGAGUGGUACCUGCGAGUGUUUCCAGAAGACCUACACCAGCACCAAAGAGGCUCACCCCCUGGUGGCAUCGGUGUGCAAUGCCUAUGAGAAAGGCAUGCAGGGUGCCAGCAACCUGGCCGCAUGGGGCAUGGAGCCUGUAGUGCGCAAGCUGGAGCCUCAGUUCACAGCAGCCAAUGAGCUGGCGUGCCGGGGACUGGACCACCUGGAAGAAAAGAUCCCAGCUCUCCAGUACCCUCCGGACAAGCUGGCCUCAGAGCUGAAGGACACCAUCUCCACCCACCUCCGCAGUGCCAGGAACAGCAUCAGUGUGCCCCUGGCCAGCACGUCAGACAAAGUCCUGGGCGCCGCCCUCACUGGGUGCGAGCUCGCCUGGGGCGCGGCCCGGGACACGGCAGAGUUCGCCUCCAACACCCGCGUUGGCCGGCUGGCGUCCUGUGGUGUGGACCUGGCCCUGGACAACAUCGAGAAGCUGGUGGACCUGGUCAUGCCUCCCGAGGACAAGCCAGCAACAGUGCUGGGGCACCCUGGUACCCCCAGCCCUCAGGCCCCCAGACCAAAACCCGGCUUAGUGCACAGGAUUGGGACCCUGGCUGGCACCGUCUCCCAGCGCGCCUUCCGCACGACGGCCCGGACCCUUCGGCAAGGGCACGCAUUGGCACUGUGGAUCCCUGGGGUGGCCCCGCUGAGCAACAUGGCCCAGUGGGGCGCAUCAACUGCUCUCCACGUGGUGACCGGGGGCCAAGGCCAUUCCAAAGCCUGGCUGAAGAGCUGGGCCCAGGAGGGGGAAGAGGAGGAGGAGGAGGAGGACAACGAGGAGGAGGAGGAGGCAGAAGAAGAGGAGCCUGAAGUGAAGAAGGAAGAAGAAAGCAAACUAAAUGAGCCGGCGUCUACUGCAGGCUCCAGGGGCCUCCUUGACAGCCUGGCCCACAGCCUACAGUCCGCCUACUUGACCACAGUGUCCGUCGUCACGUGGGUGCCCUACACCGCCUGGGACAUUGCAGGGGGGCUGCUGCGCCUGACCCCUCGCCGGGCAGUCUCUGGGGCCAAGGAGCGGGCCAAGUCAUUCUCGGAUGCCCUGGUGGGGACCGUGGUGCACUAUGUGCCGCUCCCCAGAUUAUCCCUGAUGGAGCCAGAGAGUGAGUUCAUGGAUGACCCACCCACUGCCGCUGAAGGGCUAGAGGAGAGCCAGCCAGCCCCCCAGCCAGAGUCCCCAAGCAAGUGGCAGCCCCGUGGAAACUGGCGGAGCCCCCGCAGCUCGGCAGCCCUCUCCUUCCUGGGCCUAGAGGACAAGCUCUUCACCCAACCCCGGUUGGCGGUGGCGGCAGCGGCAGAAUCGCGGGUCCCUCUGUCCCGGAACCCCGGCUUCGAGCCGGAGACCCCCACCACCCGCAGGUCCAUCUUCUCCUCUUACCGGGAGAAGCCCACCCGCCGGGUCAGUGAUGGCUUUUUCCGACCCAGCACCAUGGAGCCAAUCUACAGCCGCAGCCAUUACAGCUCGCUCUACAAGAAGAACUGAGCCGGUCCCAGGCCCACGGCGAAGCUCCCGGGGACCCGCCAGUCUGUGAGAGAGCCUGAUAAUAGCCCUGGGCCUGCUCUGGGCCCAACCAACCCAUCGCUCAACCAGACACCCCCGCUCCGAGCCCUCCAUAGGGGCCUACUCUGACAGAAACAUCUGUUUUUGCCUCAGUGCGCAUAAAAUAACGUACAGUAACCUCACUAUUACUCCUCCCAACCCUUCUGUACCGCUCCCAACCCUCAUUCAUUCAUUCAUUCAAUCGUAUUUAUU